UGUCCUGUUUGAAUAUUUCUGUAAUCCUAUAAAAACUCUGAACAAUGAUCAGGGCUGCUUCUAUUCCAGAGAUAGACAGCCAUCGAAAUAACAAACAUUUACCUUGCUACUUUUCUUAAAGUGGUGCUGGUGAUUUUUUUUUGCGAACUCUGACCUAUAACAACUACAAGACAUCAGGUCAAGUGCCUCUGCAACGCACACUAACUCCCUACUGCCUUGCAUGAUGGGAAUUGUAGUUGUCCCAUGACUGCUUCACGGCCACCAUGUUGUUUGCCCACAUUUCUCUACUGCUGAGGCCCAGAAUUCUGAAAAAGGUAAUUUCAGAGCCAGGCGUGGUGGUGGCUGCACCCCUUUAAUCUCGUCACUCGGGAGGCAGAGGCAGGCGGAUCUCUCUGAGAUCAGGUUCUUCUUAGUGUACAAUGAGUUCCAGGGAGGCUGAGGCUACCGGGAAACCCUGUCUCAAAAGAAAGAGGCUUUUGGGCAGGAAGUACGUCACCAAAUUCCCCAGGGCGCACAAACAAGCACACGUAUAAAGUGAUAUACCAAGAACAGCAUUGCCUUCUACGGCUCCGCCCUGCGGUCCUGUUCCCACAAUGCCCCUGUUCGCUGGGCCUGAAAUGCUGCAUGUUGUUGGUUUGGAAAGUAACCAUGUUUCACUUCCGACGGGUUUCGCUGUAGUAACGGUAACAGGAAGCACAUCAUCAAAUGUCCCAUGGGGGCACAUAAUAUACUCCUACAGCCUUGCUUGCCGGCAAUUGUAUGCCUUAUAACCACCACUGUUUACUACCAUGCCCUUAACCCCGCCGUUCAACCACACGGUCGUCGUGCCUCCUGGGAAAUGUAGUCUCCCACGGCUUUGUCCUCCAGUGUCUGGCGGGCUGGUGCAGCUCCGAGAACUCCCUUUCCCGUCAUGCUCCCCUGAGCCUCCGGCGGGCUCGCAGUGGCCAUUUUGUCGUGCAACACCAGCAGCUAAGAUGGCGGCGGGGUAGGCGGUGAAGGUUGUCUCUUGGCACGCGAGCUGUCGAGAGCUGCAUGUCCGCCAUGGACCUGCACACGGCGGUGUACAACGCCGCCCACGACGGCAAGCUGCCGCUGCUGCAGAAGCUGCUGAGCGGCCGCGGGCGCGAGGAACUGGACGAGCUGCUGGGCGCCGUGGCGGGCGGGGGCACGCCGCUGCUGAUCGCCGCCCGGCGCGGACACCUAGCGGUGGUGGAGUUCCUCGUGGACCGCUGCGGCGCCAACGUGGAGGCCGGCGGCUCGGUGCACUUCGACGGCGAGACCAUCGAGGGCGCGCCGCCGCUCUGGGCCGCGUCGGCCGCGGGCCACCUGGCCGUGGUGCGCAGCCUGCUGCACCGCGGCGCGUCGGUCAACCGCACCACGCGCACCAACUCCACGCCGCUGCGCGCCGCCUGCUUCGACGGCCACCUGGACGUGGUGCGCUACCUGGUGGGCGAGCACCAGGCCGACCUGGAGGUGGCCAACCGCCACGGCCACACGUGCCUCAUGAUCUCCUGCUACAAGGGUCACCGCGAGAUCGCGCGCUACUUGCUGGAGCGCGGUGCGCAGGUCAACCGGCGCAGUGCCAAGGGCAACACGGCCCUGCACGACUGCGCCGAGUCCGGCAGCCUGGAGAUCCUGCAGCUGCUGCUGGGUUGCCACGCGCGCAUGGAGCGCGACGGCUAUGGCAUGACCCCGCUGCUGGCCGCCAGCGUCACCGGACACACCAACAUCGUCGAGUAUCUCAUCCAGGAGCAGCCCGGCCAGGGCCAGCUCUCAGGGGCGCAGGCCCCGACGGAGCUGCCCCGGGGAGGCGCUUCCCACAACCACCCAGGUGGUGGAAGACCUCAGGGAGCCCGUAGCCGCUGUUCCCGCAACAGAGACCCAGAGCCUAACAACACCGUAGAAAAUGACACCACCAUGGAAAAUGAUUGCCAACCUCAGGGAGCCCGCAGCGGCCGUUCCACUCCCGAGGAACCAGAGUCCUAUGAAAGUUGUUGCCCUACUAGCCGCGAGGCGGCUGUAGAAGCUUUAGAAUUGCUCGGAGCCACCUAUGUGGAUAAAAAGAGAGAUCUGCUGGGCGCCUUGAAACACUGGAGGCGUGCCAUGGAACUCCGCCACCAGGGUGGGGAAUACCUGCCCAAGCCCGAGCCCCAACAGCUGGUCAUGGCCUACGACUAUUCUAGGGAGGUGGCCACAGCCCAGGAGCUGGAGGCCCUCGUCACAGAUCCGGACGAGAUGCGCAUGCAGGCCCUGCUGAUCCGGGAGAGAAUCCUGGGCCCGGCUCACCCUGAUACUUCCUAUUACAUCAGAUACCGCGGCGCCGUCUACGCAGACUCCGGGAAUUUCGAGCGCUGCAUCCGGCUGUGGAAAUACGCCCUGGACAUGCAGCAGAGCCACCUGGAGCCGCUGAGCCCGAUGACCGCCAGCAGCUUCCUGUCCUUCGCGGAACUCUUCUCCUACGUGCUGCAGGACCGCGCUGCCAAGGGGAACCUGGGCAUGCAGAUCGGCUUCCCGGACCUCAUGGGCGUGCUCAACAAGGGGGUGCGGGAGGUCGAGCGGGCCCUGCAGCUGCCCAAGGAGCCCAGCGACUCCGCCCAGUUUACCAAAGCCCUGGCCAUCAUCCUGCACCUCUUGUUUCUGCUGGAGAAGGUGGAGUGCACCCCCAGCCAGGAGCACCUCAAACACCAGACGGUCUACCGCCUGCUCAAGUGUGCCCCGCGGGGCAGGAACGGCUUCACCCCACUGCACAUGGCGGUGGACAAGGAGACCACCAACGUGGGCCGCUACCGUGUGGGCGUCUUCCCCUCGCUGCCGGUGGUCAAGGUGCUGCUGGACUGCGGGGCCGACCCCGACAGUCGUGACUUCGACAACAACACCCCUCUGCACAUCGCAGCACAGAACAGCUGCCCAGCGGUCAUGAACACACUGAUUGAGGCGGGAGCCCACGUGGACGCCACCAACGCCUUCAAGAAGACAGCCUUCGAGCUGCUGGACGAGAAGCUGCUGGCCAGGAGUACCAUGCAGCCCUUCAACCACGUGAGCCUGCAGUGCCUGGCAGCCCGUGCCCUGGACAGGAACAAGAUCCCCUACAAGGGCUUCAUCCCCGAGGAGCUAGUGGCCUUCAUCGAGCUGCACUGAGCCGGCACCUCAAUGCCUUCGGCGUCUGCCUGGCAUGGUGCCCGCUCCACCUCCUCCCUGCAGACUGAGAUGGAAGGGCUCAAGCAUCCCCACCCCUCAGUCUGCGCAGAGGGAAGGGCGGGAACCAGCCAGCGGUUCCAGAAGCCUCCAGAAUCACGGGACAGGAAGAUGGUCUUUCUUUAUGACCCUGGAAAGAGGCUCCAGGGCCUCCCCACCAGCGAUACUCUGUGUCUGGGGUCCUCUGCUUUGUCAUCUGGGACCAGUCCCCUUAUCCCUGUGCUGUGCUGGAAUCCCAGGAAGAGGCUGAAAAGGGUCGGUACUCCUGCAGUAGCCAUCCAGAUGGGGUCAGAAGUUUGAAGGUCAAAGAUCACUCUCUUUGUCCUGCCUGGUGGCACCCUGCGCCCUCAGGGGUCAACCACCACAGCCUGUCACAUCCCUUGGGUUGGUUUGGUGUUUACUUACUAAGCAGGUGGGUGAGGAGCCUGGCACCCAAGUUCUGAGACUUUUGCUGCUUUUUUCCCUUAAGAGUUGUGUGUUGGACUCCCAGAGUUAGUUUCAGACCACAAGGAGUUUGCAGUGCCAAAGUAGACUGGGCUGAGCUGUGUUGUAGCCUGGGAUCCAAGGCAGUGGUGCUGCAUGGGGCCAGCUCCUGUGAGAGGUGCACACCUUCCAGCUUCCCCCAGGAUGUGGGCAGGGCCAGGAGUCACCACCCAGCUGACUCCAGCUUGUCCCAGGAAGGCUCAGUCUGUCAGACGUCUUCUCUGCUCACCAGCCCCGGUCCACAGGUGACUGCUGUCCAUGUUGCAUCUGUUCUGAAGACCUUGGUCCUAGGACUGCAUGACUGCAUGAGAAUACCAGGAACUGGGGGAAACAAGGCAGCUGGCCAGGCCUGGGGCAUGCCUGAGUCCCCAGGAGCUAUAAGUUGCCAAUAACUCUGCCAACCCAAGUUCCCGUCAUGCAAGGUGCAUUGGGGUUGACACUGGAUCUCGAGAGACUUCUCAGACACCCCAGUGGGAGGUACAGAUGCCUAACCUGCUGGAACUAGCCGCCCCCAGUGGGAGGAAGGUCAAGUGUGGGAGCCCAGUCCCUGUGUGGCCACUGAAAGCCACAUCAGCCACCUCAGAGGAUACUAGGUGUGGGUUUGCAGUGUUUGGUAGGGGAUUCUUUUGACCAGCCUUAGACCUAGCUGGGCUGGGACCCACCAGCCAUGCCUUGCCCAGGCAAAGGGCAAAAAAGAAGAGUUCCUGUUGUGAGUCUCAAUUCUAUUUAUGGAAUUAAAAAACCAGGUAUAUGGAGAAAA